CUUCAACUGGGGAUUUAAACUGAUGUCUACUGUUUAGACGACUACACAGGACGCGAGGAAUUAAAUGCACAGUCAUAUAGUCGACCUCUAUUCUUAGACUCUGUACUAAGCCAGCUGUGUUUUUCAUCUCUGCUGUUCAUAGACAAUCAUGGGAACAGAGGAAGCUAACGUAGACUGUUAGCUGCGAGAAUUCACAAGCCAAAUCCUUCAAGAGUCACACCCUAAUAUUCACUGUCCUCGCACCGGCCACGCGACUGCGGGUACAGAUGUGCGGCCCUGCUUUUCGGUCUGGAUCACAGCGCGACUGUUUCCUACAAAGGUCUCUGUGCAAAAACAACUAGAGGAAGCAUCAAGAAAGUCAUGUAUGUCCGGUUUCAGUCUACUUUGUUGGGAGACAGAUAACGUUAGUCGGCUAGCUAGUGUGUGAUCAUCAUCACUCCUCUGGGCUAUGAGUUCACCGAUGUACACGUUUGUUUUGAGAGAUGACAACAGCACUGUGUAUGCCGAGGUCGCCAAGAUCCUCAUCUCUACUGGAAAAUGGAAACGACUGAAGAAGGACAAUCCUCGGUUCAAUUUAAUGUUGGGAGAGAGAAAUCGGCUGCCUUUUGGACGGCUGGGUCAUGAACCGGGAUUGAUGCAGCUGGUGAAUUAUUACAGAGGAGCCGAUAAACUGUGUCGCAAAGCAUCACUGGUCAAGAUUAUCAAGACCAGUCCAGAGUUAAAGGACUCGUGUAACUGGUUCCCUGAGUCUUACAUCAUAUACCCAACCAACCUCAACACCCCAGUGGCCCCAGCCACCAAUGGCAUCAGCCACAUGAAGAGCAACCCAAAGACAGAUGAGCGGGAGGUCUUCUUGGCUUCUUAUAACUCCAGAAAGGAAAGCGGAGAGGGAACGGUGUGGAUCGCCAAAUCAUCAGCAGGUGCAAAAGGGGCAGGCAUAUUGAUAUCUCAUGAUGCAAAUGAGUCGCUGGAGUUCAUCGAUAAUCAAGGCCAAGUGCAUGUCAUUCAGAAGUAUCUGGAAAAACCUCUGCUAUUGGAGCCGGGACAUCGCAAAUUUGAUAUAAGGAGUUGGGUGCUUGUAGACCAUCAGUAUAAUAUCUACUUGUACCGUGAGGGUGUGUUGAGGACGUCUUCUGAGCCCUACAACAGCUCAGAUCUGCAGAACAUGACCAGUCACCUGACCAAUCACUGCAUCCAGAAGGAGCAUUCGCAGAACUACGGCCGCUAUGAGGAGGGCAACGAGAUGUUCUUUGAUGAGUUCAGACAGGACCUGUUGACCACACACAAUGUUGCCAUGGAAACAUCUAUUUUACCUCAGAUCAAGCAUAUCAUCAGGUGCUCCUUCACUGAAAAAGUUUUUUCAAAUCUGAUUGCAUGUGUGCCUGCAAAUGAUUUAAACAAGUAGAAAAUGCCAUAACUAUUUUUGUGUUAGAGAUGUACAGUGGGUCCAAAAGUUUGAGAAUUUACUUUUUUACAGUUGAAUUUUUC